AUGAGGGCACCACUGCAGACCAUGAUGUACCUGGGGUUGUGGGCAGCUGCGCUGCUCUGCUUGUUUUCCCCUGGCACUGUGCGAGGUGAUUGCUGGCUGAUUGAGGGGGACAAAGGGUAUGUGUGGCUGGCCAUCUGCAGCCAGAACCAGCCCCCAUAUGAGACCAUCCCCCAGCACAUCAACAGCACUGUGCACGACUUGCGUCUGAAUGAGAAUAAGCUCAAAGUGGUGCUGUACUCAUCCCUCAACCGCUUCGGCAACCUGACUGAUCUGAACCUGACCAAGAAUGAGAUCUCUUACAUUGAGGAUGGGGCUUUCAUGGGCCAGUCGAACCUCCAGGUCUUACAGCUGGGGUACAACAAGCUCACCAACCUGACAGAGGGUAUGUUGCGGGGCAUGGCGCGUCUCCAGUUCCUCUUUGUGCAGCACAACCUCAUUGAACUAGUCACCCCUACUGCCUUCUCUGAAUGCCCCAGCUUGAUUAGCAUUGACCUGUCAUCUAACCGUCUGAGCCGACUGGAGGGGAACACUUUCACCAGCUUGAGCAAUUUGAUGGUGUGCGAGCUGGCUGGCAACCCCUUCAACUGUGACUGUAGCCUCUACAGCUUUCUUAACUGGCUGGCGGUCUUCAACAAUGUCACCAAGAACUAUGACCGGCUCCAGUGUGAGAGUCCACGGGAGUUUGCUGGCUACCCGCUCCUGGUGCCUAGGCCUCACCACAACCGCAACGCCAUCACCAUCUUCCAGUCCAUGUGCAGAGGUGGCACCAUCCCCUCGCUCUCCAGGGUCAAUCCCACCCCGUAUACCCCUGACUCCCAGCGAGACCUGGAUGAGGGCUCAGCCAUCAGCCCUGGGGACUUCCUCUCAGUCAAGCCUCCAGCUUCCUCCACCACUGACUCCUCCUUCAGUCCCAGUAUCAAGCUUCAUGAUGUCACCAUCACCUCAGCUAUCCUGAUGGUAACCAUCCCUAUGCCCUACAGUAAGAUGUAUGUGCUGGUCCAAUACAACAACAGCUACGUUUCUGACAUAGCAACACUGAAGAGCAAGAAGGAAUAUGUCACUGUCAACAAGUUGAAGGCCCACACUGAUUAUACUUUCUGUGUGGCCUCCAUCCGCAACAACAGGCGCUACAACCACACUUGCCUGACCUUUGCAACCCGAAGCAAAGGCAGGGAGGACCCUAUUUCCAGUACUUCCACCACCACCCACUAUAUCAUGACCACCCUGGGCUGCCUUUUUGGGAUGGUCAUUGUCCUGGGGGUGGUGUACUACUGCCUGCGGAAGAGGAGGAUGCAGGAGGAGAAACAGAAAUCCCUCAAUGUCAAAAAGACCAUUCUGGAAAUGCGUUAUGGAUCAGAUAUUGAUACUAGUACCAUGGUCCAUCCUUCCCAGAAACUGGGUGAGCCGCCAGUCAUCCCUGUCUCACGGAUGUCUUCCAUCCCUUCCAUGAUUGGGGAGAAGUUGCCCCCAUCAAAGUCAAUAGACACUGGGAUGGAGACUCCUAAAGUCACCACUAAAGGUAACUACAUUGAGGUGCGGACUGGUGGUGGGGAUGGGCUGGAGCGAACGCAGCGGGAUGAGGACCUGAGGGAGCUUGAUAAUGGGCAAGGCUCAGCUGCUGAGAUCUCUACUAUAGCAAAGGAGGUAGACAAGGUCAACCAGAUCAUCAACAACUGCAUUGAUGCCCUCAAGUUGGACACAGCCUCCUUCCUGGGUGGUGGAACUGGUGUUGACUCAGACAUGGCCUUUGAGUGCCAGUCCAUCCCAGCCAGUUCCUCCGGUGGGCUGGAGCGGCCUAGCUUUCUUUCCCCACCCUACAAGGAAAGCUCCCACCACCCUUUGCAGCGCCAGCUCAGUGCUGAUGCUGCUGUGGCCAGAAAGACCUGCAGCGUCUCCUCUAGUGGCUCCAUUAAGAGCGCCAAGGUCUUCAGCUUGGAUGUGCCUGACCACCCACCACUCAGCAAGUCUGACUCCAAAUACAUUGAGAAGGGCAGUCCACUCAACAGUCCUUUGGAUCGUCUUCCCUUGGUGUCUCCAGGUGCCAUCCACCACUUGGAGGUCAAGCCUUCUUACCAUUGCAGUGAGCACCGUCACUCCUUCCCGGCCCUGUACUAUGAGGAAAGUGCUGACACUUUGAGCCAGAGGGUGUCAUUCCUCAAGCCACUCUCCCGGUCCAAGCGAGACUCCACGUACUCCCAGCUCUCCCCCAGACACUACUUCUCAGGCUACUCCUCCAGCCCUGAGUACUCAUCAGAGAGCACCCACAAGAUCUGGGAGCGAUUCCGGCCUUAUAAGAAGCACCACAGGGAGGAGGUUUACAUGGCAGCUGGGCAUGCCCUGCGGAAGAAAGUUCAGUUUGCCAAGGAUGAGGAUCUGCAUGACAUCCUGGAUUACUGGAAAGGAGUCUCUGCCCAGCAGAAGCUGUGA